AUGUCAAGCGAUCCGAACAAUCUCUACAAUUUCAAGAAACCUAAACUUCACGGCUCUUCAGCAAAAGAAUUGUCCUCAUCCACAAACCUAGCAUUCAGUUCCACCUUCUCGUCACUCCUCGCCUCCAACGCCCCUUCAUCCACCACAACUCGAGGACGUCCUCGGCCUUCAAAAACCAAAGAAGAUAUUUUCAAAACUCAUAACAAAGGAACUAAGAAACGCGCCGCUAAAGAUCUAGCAGAUGAUGAGAAUGGAUAUACUCAAAUAAAUAAAUCUGGCGAGGGAACAGAUGAUAAUACUCUUCACCGAAGUAAAAAGCGACUUACUGAAAAAGCCAAAAUCUAUUCACGUCUAAAGCGCGGCGAACACCAUGGACCAGAAAACGAAAACGAAGAAGAGGGACUCGUAGAUUUUGAUCGCAAAUGGGUAGAAGGCGGCGAAAAAGACGAUGAUCACUACAGCGACGAUUCAUUCGGAGGACAAGCCUCAGAUAGCGAAAUCGUCGAAUACGAAGAUGAAUACGGACGAUUGCGACGGGGCACCCAAGCCGAGAAAUCCCGCAUGGAGCGCCGUCAAACCCAACGUCUCUUAGGCGCCGAAGAACUCGAGCGCAUGUCCGCGCGCCCCGCGAUGCCCUCCCAGUUAAUAUACGGCGAUACCAUUCAAGCGCAAGCAUUCACCAGCACACUAGAUGCGGAAACGGAAAGAAAAAUGGAAGAGCUGGCUCGCAAAAGAGAUAGGAGUGCGACGCCGCCGGAUCAGAAACACUAUGAGGCAGAUACGGAAAUUAGGAGUAAAGGGCAAGGAUUCUAUAGUUUUUCCAAGGAUGAGGGGUUGAGAGGAGAGGAAAUGGCGAAUUUGGAGAAGAUGAGGAGGGAGACGGAGAGGGGCAGGAGGGAGAGGGAAGAGGGGAAGGAGAAGAGGAAGAGGGAGAUUGAGGAGAGGAGGAGGGUGCUGGGAGAGAAGAGGGCAAAGAAGCACGCGGAUGCGUUUUUGGAGGGGUUGGGCGAUGUACCUGUACCUGUACCUAGCCCGCUGGCUGGAAAGGAAUGA